GUAGAAAAAAUGAGUUGAUGCAUCGGUGUGUUGUACCUUUGGAAAUAUGAUUGACUAUUGACGCGUAUAACUGGACAUAAGAGAUCGCAGCCUGCGGCUUUGCAUUUAUUGUCUCACUUGGUCUCAUAAAAAAAAAAAAAACCCUCAAAUUAUUUUUUACUUCUUCUUCUUUUGUUGCGCAGAAUCAAAAUUAUUAUCAUCGUCCUCCUUCUAUUUCUCCCUCAAAUCAAUGCCAUACCCAGUUUAAGUACUAGAGCAAGGUAUUUGGGUACUCAAGAUGGUAAAGCUAACGAUGAUUGCCCGAGUUACUGAUGGUCUUCCACUAGCAGAGGGGCUCGAUGAUGGCCGUGAUAUAACAGAUGUUGAAUUCUACAAACAGCAAGUCAAAGCAUUGUUCAAAAACCUCUCAAGAGGUCACAAUGAGCCGUCAAGGAUGUCAGUUGAAACUGGACCUUACAUUUUCCACUAUAUAACAGAAGGACGUGUCUGUUACUUGACAAUGUGCGACCGUGCCUACCCAAAGAAACUUGCUUAUCAAUACCUUGAAGACUUGAAGAAUGAAUUUGAGCGUGUUAACAGGGUGGGGCAAAUUGAAACUGCGGCCAGACCAUACGCCUUCAUUAAGUUUGAUACAUUCAUACAGAAAACAAAGAAAUUGUACCAGGACACUCAUACUCAACGGAAUAUUUCAAAGUUGAAUGAUGAGCUCUAUGAAGUCCACCAAAUAAUGACUCGAAACGUCCAGGAAGUCCUUGGCGUCGGUGAAAAGUUGGACCAGGUUAGCCAAAUGUCCAGUCGAUUAACAUCUGAAUCACGCAUAUAUGCUGAUAAGGCGAGGGAUCUUAAUCGACAGGCUUUAAUUCGGAAGUGGGCCCCAGUUGCCAUUGUUCUUGGAGUAGUGUUCCUCCUCUUCUGGGUUAAAAACAAGCUCUGGUGAACAAGCUGCCUUAUCCCGAUUUUGGAGGUUAUGAAGUUUUCAACGGGAUAUUGAUAUUGACUAUUGAGGAAUGGGUGCGGGGUUACUUUCCAGACUUGAAUGCUUGAGGCUCAUGGAGGAUUAAUUUGAUGGCUGAGUUUGUUAACUUGUAAUUGAGUUCAUAGAGGUACCCUUUGUUGUCAAAUUAAAUAGUAUACUGUUUUCCAAAGAAAGAACAAAAAUAGAAAACCUACCGUACCAUAAAUACCAUUUAAAGUUAUCAGAAAUUUCUUUUUUGAUAUCUUCUGUCAUUUUCAUUCUAUUGUCAGUUUUAAAUUUUGAAUAGAAUGACUUUUGUGGACACAACCAACUUUCAAACUUUCACGAGUGGGUGCCUUUUAAAUGUUAAUGGACAUUGUAAUUUAUUAUGAA